GCUCGAAGUUGCGGGUGGUGAAGGAGAAAGAAAACCGUUUGCGCUCUUCUUCUCUCUGACUCAUGAAAACUAAAUCCCAAGGUGCAGCGGGGCUUUCGCAACACGGCGCUCUCUGGUGGGCCAUCCAUGCAAUUUCUGAAAUCGUCUAUUUACCCAGAAUUUUGAUCUCUGGGCGACAUCCUUCAUUGCAUUGCAAGUAGACAAGUGCAGUUGAAGUGGGCUAAGUGGUCAACAUUGGUAGUCCUCUUGUAUGUCAGCAGGUUCUCGAUGUCGUCUAGCGAAGGUAGUGUUCAGCUGUGCGAUUCACCUGUUGGUCUAGAUGAAUGCACUGCUCAAAUAAGCGGUGAUUCGUAACGUCACUCUGGUCAGGAAACCGAUCUCGUCAAGCUGUUCCGACACACGAAGCUCCACUCUUUCAUUGACUGCGUAUUGUCAAUUUCCAUUCCGAUGGUCGUGUAUAGGGCUUCGGAGGAACAAGGUUCGGCAAGAAAACGAAACAAGCGAAACAAACUGAUGAAAGAUGUAGUCCCUGUUAUCACCUGGUGGAUGACAAUGCUGCAAGUCUUCAGUGAGCAGUAUACCAUCUGUCACUGGAACAUUCCUCCCAGCACCUGUAGUAUUCUCCGAAUAGUAACAGCAGCGCUCAGAAGAAGACUUCAGAACCUGUCCUUGGAAUCAUUCUCAGGUAUCAAAACCUGCGUUUCAUUCGUCCCGUUGACGCUGGUUGGCGUGACGCUGUUACUCACUUUGGUCGGCGGACUUUCCGAUUCUGUCUUGCACUCCUCCGGCUUAACCUCAUCCUCAGGCUCUUCCUUAAGCGUCUCUCUCGUCUUGAUGUCUACCGGAGCGACGCUAUACAAGGAGUCCCUGGAACCGAUGAGUCGUGCCCGUCGCACGAUGGUCGCACUGUGUUCCGGGCUGAUGCCCGAUCCGACGCCGAUGAACAAGAGUACCAGGCCGGCGACAAGAAGUAAUGUGCCGAGGUACAUGAGAAGCCUCAUGCGUUCUUCUCGGAGGACGACGCUCGGGAAUUCGCGACGCCCAACGGAACUGAGUGUGCUCAUGCUGGCGCCUGUCUUGGGUCGCCCUCCUGGUGAACGUGUGUUGAUGGGACUUUCUCCACUUCAUAUCUCAAUCUCCUUCUAUAACUACUCGGCAAAUCGAGAUAUACUCUUCACGUCUGCAGCUGAAAACUUGAAGAAUGGGAAGGAACUGCCGGCUGUCAGAUUCUAAUAUAUCCGAGUCCACGUACGUUC